AGCAUCCUUGGAGUUGGUGAAAACCUGGGGUUUUGAUAAAAGGGAAAUGACACUUUUACUUAAAGAGCUUAUUGGUUAUCAAAAUGGUGAUACACCUUUUGAUAAUCUAAGAAAUAUUGAGAAUAUUAAUCCUAGAAAUUUCUGGACUAAGUUCUCUAGAGGUUCUCCACUUCUCUGGCGUUUUGCUAUAAAAGUAUUCGCAAUCGUUCCACAUACAGCAGCCAUCGAACGUUUAUUCUCUAGUCUGGGACUAGUGAAAACAAAAUUACGAAAUAUAAUGUCCUCCAAUUUAACCAGAAUGCUUGGAAUGCUUCGUCAUGACCUUCAACAAGGUUUACCUGAAGUACUAAAAAAAAGACCUAAAGUGAAUGAUCAAGAUUUUGAAGAUUUUAUGAAUAGUGAUGUUGAAAAUGCUGAUGUUGACCCCUAUUUCGAAGAAGAAUUAGAUGAAGAGUUUUUACAAAUUAGCAUUGAUGAA